AUGUCAAUAGACAGCAGCAACCCCCAGCUGACCACCGGGCCCCUCGUGCACGAGGGCCAACGGCGCAAAGCUGGGGCAGGUGAUAAGGAGCUCUAUGGCGAAAACAGCGGCGACUACGUCAGCUCCAUCGCCGUCGACGACGCAGACGACGACAUGGAGGAUGUCCAGCUUAACGGCCGAAGCCUAGUAAUAACAAGCACAAGGCAACAUCAGGAGUCCGCUUCGUUCUCAAUCAUAUAUCAACGAGGCUAUCAUGAAGAAGGUGCUCGAGUGGUGCGAACACCACCGCAACGAAAGAUCAAAGAUCGUGGUGGUGUUGAGACCACCCUCGGUCUUAUCAAGAACUUGAAGAUUCCUUCUCCUACUACCACACCUCCUCCCACGGACAAGGACAUCCUCUUCCAUGCCUAUCUCAUCCAUCUUGUCCCGUCUGAGAUGUGGAACAACGGCUCUGGCAAAGAGUCUGAGCGUUUCCUUGCUGCUCUUUGGAGCUACCGUCACUAG